GAGCAUACCUCUAUACUGGUAUGCUGCAUCCCUCCUUCCGAGAAGGUUUGCUGUGUACCGUAAUUUCCAAAAAAAUACACCUCUACCGAAACACCAGUAUGAUACCUUCCGUGUACUGAGAGCUUUGAAUCUCCCCAUUGUUCCACACACCGGUGCGGGAGUGAACCUCUUCAGGGUUGUGAGGCUCUGCGGUUUGGACAAGAGAACCCAGCAAUCUCCCCUUUACCCUCAAAGCCCAUUACAACUGCAACCAUAGUCACAAAUCACCGACUAUAGAAUGGAUAAAGAACGAUCCAAAGGCCUAUCCCUUCGAAAGAAGCGGGGCGAAGGCAAACGCUCGGCGAAGCCAGUCAUCGGUCCACCACGGUACCCAACCCUAAAAUACAUUCCCCGAAGCUCUCUAAAGCUAACAAUAUUUGACCAUGCAGACAGGUUCCUAUGCCUCCAAUGCCGGGUGCAAAGCUUGGACCAACCUCGGUGCCCCCGCAGGUUCGCAUUAGAGACAAACAAAUGGCUGGUAUCCGUCUAAUCUCAUGAACUGUACCGAGCUAAUCAAUCUCUUCAAGGUUGCGGAUCUAGUAAAACGACGGAUGUCUACACGGUUCCCUAUGCCUGGUGAGCCAGGCGUUGAUACCCCGGCGAUGCCAAACUUGCCGUCGGGGCCAAGCAUGAUUGCAGCUGGGGCUGGUGCUCGACUCCCUGUGAAGCAGCCCGAACGAUCCGAUGGGGUGAAUCUUGACUUGGAUACCUUUCGUGAUCCGAAUUUUAAUCCGGAUGCUUGUACGAUUUCUACCUCUAUCGCGUGUUUAGAUUAAAUUGCUUACAGUAACUGUUACCAGUUGUCGCUACGGUCCUGGCUAAUGCUUCUGAUGAGGAAAUACGAGACUAUCAACGCCGCCUCAAGGACAUCCGUAACCGUACCUCCUCCGAUUUACAAAAGAAUGUCUUUGUAAACCGAACGCAGUUUAUUCUUAUCUCGAAAGAAAUUGACAAACUUAAGAGUGAGAUGCGUGUUCUACGGAAUCUACUGAACGAUCUACACAAUACCACUAGUUCGCUUAAAACUGACUCUGAGAAUUCGAGCACCACAAGUGAUCUCAAAGCUAGAAAGGCAGCAAAUAGGAGUAGCGUGGCCGAUCUCACUGCCUUGCAUAUGAGCCAUCUUCAAGCUUUGUGGAAGCAGGUUGAGGGAGCACAAAAGUUUCUCCCGUCAGUUCCCGGGAGGCAUAUCAUCUUGGAAUCCCGGCAUUGGGUUGAGUUAAACGCUGCUACUUGGAAGCCCCGACGAGUUGUACACAUAGUGCUCUUGAACGACCAUCUUCUCGUUGCUACUGUGAAGAAGAAGCGGACAGACAAUGGGAGCUCCGGCUCCCCUCAGAUCAAAAAUGUGGCCGAGAGGUGUUGGCCUCUUGCUGAAAUUGAAAUGGUGGACUUAUCUCCGAACGACUCGCAAAACGCAAAAAGAGCUCAAGUAAUGAAUGCUGUGAACUUGAGAGUGGGGAAAGAGUCAUUUGUUUAUCAGAAUGAAGACCUCUCGAAGAAGAGCGAGCUCCUCCGCCAGUUCAAAAAAUCUGCAGACGAGCUCCGAAAAGCGCUCAGGGCUGAGAGCGAGGACAACCUACGCAGAAGAGACAGCAUGACUUUCCUAGCAGGUCGUGAUCCUAGGUUGCUCGAGAACGGGGGCUUAUUAAACAGUCUGAGCGCGCAUGGCUCGACCAGCGCUUUAUUUACAGUUGAGGGGCAGACCCGUAACCUGAGAUGGGUAGAAGCGCAAAUGGAUGAGUUAGAUGAGAGGAUUGCGCACCGCCAAUUCGAGGAGGCAGUUGUCAGUGUGGAAAAACUCCGGGGCCUUGGUCGGGCGCUCGCGAGCAAUAAGGCUCUCGUUGCGGAGCUGAUCAACUUCAAAGUUGACGAGAGGGCGUCACGACUCGCUGCGGUAGUCACAACAGACUUGACAGAAAACCCAGCCAAGAAGAGUGCGGUCAAAGCGAAUGUCCAGUGGCUCGUCAGACUUGAUUUUGAGGACCGUGCGCGGGAGGCCUUCCUAGAGGCCAGGUCGGAUAUCAUCAAGAAACGGACCAGGUAAUAAUCACCCUAAACUAGAAAGUCGCAAGUCGCAUGCGGACACUAAUUUGAAAACAUGUAUAGACAAGUUAGAUUUGAGGGUGAUGUCCCUCUCUACAUUUCCCAAGUAGCCCUCGUACAGUUCACCCUCAUCAAAAACACCGUUGAAAUCUACAAUAGCUGUUUCGAGUACCGCCUUGCGAGCGCCCUCGUCCGCUGGGCUAAAGAACGCGCGGAUGAGUACAUGGAUUUAUUCGAGCGCCAACUGCAGGCCAUCGAUCAGGAUAGUAAAGUCUACAGCGAUUGCAUGCAGAUCACGCGGCUGCAUUCCACCAUGCUGGUGGAUUGCGGUCUUGACUUUAAAGAAUUGAAAGAUCCACGGUUGAGGGCUAGGAAGGAUGAUGGAGCUUCAGCCCUGGGAUUGAAGUGAUUGUCGAAUUCGGAUUCUUGCCCGAGACUGCGUAUCUACUACUUUUCAGUGGGAGAUAGAUUAUGUUCGACGUAUAUGGAUCAUUAUUUAUCACUCGGGCAUUUCUUCUUUCUCUUGUUUAGCUCCUAUGAUACUUAUAUCCUGGCCACUGUUAUUUCCUAUUUAACGAUGGAUCGAUUAUUAAUGGAUGUUUAAUGAGCAUGAGUAGACCAUCACAAGCAGCGUAUGAACUAUUUGACGAUAUUACAUUCCAUGCCCAAUAGCUGAUUUGCGGCACUUGGAGCAUGGGGCU